AAAUUAUGUACAUUUAAGUAAAGAAAAUAUAUUUCAAGGAAUAUGUGGCGCCACUUACCGGGUGAUUGUAUGAUAUGAUGAAAUGAUAGUAUUGCCGGUUUAUCCGAAUUCCGAAUGAUGCCGCGCGAUAGUUGGCAGCAAAUUAAAAAUAAUUUAAUGACAUUAUGGCUGACGAGACAGAGCAGGUACCAGCAAUAAAUGUUAAAGAACCCCUAGAUCUUAUAAGAUUGAGUCUGGAUGAGAGAAUAUAUGUUAAAAUGAGAAAUGAGAGAGAAUUACGAGGACGGUUACAUGCUUAUGAUCAGCAUUUAAAUAUGGUAUUGGGUGAAGCAGAAGAGACUGUAACUACGGUAGAAAUUGAUGAGGAAACUUACGAAGAAGUAUAUCGUACAACUAAAAGAAAUAUCUCUAUGCUUUUUGUUCGUGGGGAUGGAGUAAUUUUGGUUUCACCACCAAGCAUGAGAGCACCGAUAUAAAAUUUCUAUUUAUAUAUAAUUUAUCUAAACAUAAGAGAUAGAUAAUAUUGAGUUAAAUUCCAUGUUGAUACGAUUUUAUCAAUCUUUUGUACUAGCAUUUGACAGUUGUAAGAAAUUUGUGAAAGUAACGGAUUUAAUUCGAAUAAAGCUAAAUAUAACAUAAA